CAUGGACGUAUAGAGGGGCACGUGAACCAGGAACAAGCACCAGAACUAAGGGAGUUGUUUUGUAGCUAGACAAGUCGUCUUGCAAGACAGAUUGCAUCAUCCUUACAGGAAUGAGGCACCAAUGUUCCACUGAUAACUGACCGGAGAUGGGACUCCAAGUUUUGCUGUACUGGCCAAAUAUAAUUGGAUACAUUAGGAUUGGCCUCGUGUUUUCUGCAUGGGCUUCCUGUGAGACACCAGCUGCCUUUGUCUCUCUUUACUUAACAUACAUAGCACUUGAUGGAGUGGACGGGUGGAUGGCACGGAGGCUGGGCCAGACCUCCAAGUUUGGAGCCUGGCUGGACGUAGUGGUGGACAACCUGGGCAGAGGCAUGCUGUGGAGUCUGCUAUUUGAGUGGGGUUGGCUGGUGUCUGCUUUCGAAUGGUGUGUGUUUGUGUGUAACCACAAUGCCAGAGGUGACCACUGGAAGGACAGUUUCAUCAACAGCCCUCCACUAAUCCAAGCCGUCAUGGCAAAUGGGUUUCGAACACCCCUUGGCACAUGGGUGGUGAGCGGGUUGCACUGCUUCCCCCUGUGGCUCUACGGGUGUCAGUGGGGUUUGCUGACCGACUGGCUGUAUCUGCCUCCCUGGAUCCAGGCUGUGGGGACACUUCCGCUGGCUGCAGGCCGCCUGCUGGCUCUAUCAGUGGAGCUAUGGUGUAUAUGGACACACAUCAAAUACCUCACCAGUGAUGCCUCACCAAGAAAAAACUAAACAAGUUGAGUUCAGCUUUCCAAGGGUCCGUUUCUGCAAACUCUCGGGACCAACGGCGACUGAUGUCCUUCAUCUCUGAAGGUGUGGUGGAGGAGUUGGGUAGACCGAGCUGAUUCGAAUAUUUUUCCCAAAUGAUGACCACAUCUGUGAUGUUGCAGAACAGGCUGAUACUUUGGAAACAGUGAAAUCAUCUGGGAGGUUACAGAACAUAAUGUGUCGGGGGGAGAAUAUAUUCUGAACUGUGACAUCAUCAGUGAGGAAAACAACAAGCACAUAAUGUGCUUUGAAAUCCAUCCAUCCAUUUUCCGUAACCUGCUUAUCCAGUUAAGGGUCGCAGGGGUGCUGGAGCCGAUCUCAGCUGUCAAUGGGCAAAGGCAGGGUACACCCUGGACAGGUCGCCAGUCUGUCGCAGGGCUGACAUAUAUAGACAGACAACCACUCACGCUCACAUUCACACCUACGGGCAAUUUAGAGUCUUCAAUGCACCUAAGCUGCAUGUCUUUGGAGAACCCAGAGAGAACCCACGCUGACACAGGGAGAACAUGCAAACUCCACACAGAAGGUUGUUCAGCCUGGGAAUUGAACCCGGGCCCCUCUUGCUGUGAGGCAACAGUGCUAACCACUACACCACUGUGCAGCCCGUGCUUUGAAAUGUGAAAGUUUAUUAUCCCAAACAAAGAGUAUUUCACAGAAAUAUUAGGUGAUUAAACUUCGACUGUGAUUUCUUCAAUUCAAUUUUAUUUAUUUUUUAUUUUAUUAUUAUUCAAAGUGUCCUAACCAACACUACCCUUUGUCCCAAUUUACAAGGUUGGAUGGUUUUUAUGUCAUUGUACAACAGGGUUGCACAAUGCAAUUCAGAUUGUAGUCCCAUGUGCUACAUAGGAAAGAAAACCAACAACAAAGAAACUAUAUUAUAUAUGGAGGGUACAGGACUUAUUAAGGAGUCUCAGAGCCAGAGGAAAUAAUCUGGUGGUACGGCAGCUGAUACUUUUGUAUCAGCAGCAUGGUGAACAGGAUGUUGCUGUGUUGUUUUUUUUCUUUUAAAGUGGCACUAUUAUGCUUUUCCACUUUUUCCCUCUUCUUUAGUGUGUUAUAUAUAUAUAUAUAUAUUUUUUUUUUUAUAUAUAUAUUUUUACAUGUAAAAUGUCCUUAGAGUGUAAAACCUGAAGUCCACGCCUAAAAGGAGUUACCCUCCCCCUCAGAAACACUGCUCCUGAGCUGCCUGAAACAGCUCCAUUGAAUUCUCUCCUUCACUUCUGUAACUUUAUGAGGUCAUAAUGUUACGGAAGUGACGUAAAACUCCUUCCGGCUAGUUUGACCCUCAAACAACAAAAGAUUAAGACGGAGCUGAAGCUCCGGAGGAAGAGUUUUUUGAAAUGUGAAACGUUGACCAAUCACAACAGAGCGGGCUAGCUGACCAAUCAGAGCAGACUUUGCUUUCUGGAGGGAGGAGCAAGCGCUACAACAGAGCAUUUCAGAGAGAGCGUGAGAAGAGGUGCUGCAGGACAGCCAGGAUGAGAAAAACAAGGUGGAUUAUGAGCAUUAACGCAUGUAAACAUGUUAUAACUGUAACUUGAGAUAAAAAAUAUGCACCCGGAAAAUAGCAUAAUAGGGCCUGUUUAAUAUCCCCUUAGCUCUUCGCAGACUCCUCUUCUCACCAAUAUUACUGAUGAUCCGUAGAUGGGUGCCAAUGAUAAUCUGGGUGGUUUUAAUCACUUGCUGUAGAGCCCUCCAUCAGUGCACAUCCCAUGCCAGUUUUUAAUGUUUGCAGUCAGGAUGCUAUCUAUUGCUCCUCUGUAAAAGUCGAGGUUAUCCUGUUGCCAUUGCUGGUGCCUUGCAAUAAAAUGCUGAAAGCCAGUCCUAAGAAGUGUGGUCCUUGUCUACCUACUAUACAAGACAACACACAUUCAGGAAUUGUAUGGUUGAAACAGGUAUGGGCAUUCUCUAAAUUGUUGCUACAAAGUUGGUUGGGUAUACCAUUAAUGUCCAAAAUAUAAUUGAAUGCUCUAGCAGAGAUAUAUAUGAAGAGAAGAUACCCAAGGCAACAACAAACGAAAACAUUGAUUUGGGGCUAUUUUGCUUCCAUAACAUGUAUAUUUUUUGACUAGUGGAAAGAAAACAUCCAAAGUACUAAUUUAGGUGUUUAUUUUACAGCUUUGUCUAAUUUCAUCUGUAGAUUUCUCCUAAAUUCAUCAAAAGUUAAGAUUAAAUAAAGCCUUAUUUGCAUAUUUAAACAUUAUAUUUAAGAAAAACUUGUAAUACAAAAAUAAUUUGUCUUAAUGUAAGUAAUAAACUAGAGAAGUUUCAUGGUGAUAUAUAUAUAUUAGUUAAUCUUUUUACCCUAUUCACCUGAAGUGUAGAAUUUACACAAUACAUACCCUUAAAUGCUGUUCUCUUAAAAUUUGUUUUUUCUCUUUGAGCCAGAAAUCUCCACCUCAGUAACACUUAUAUGCCAAACUUUCCGGUUUCAUUCCUAUCUAGAUUCAGAUUUUUUUAUACAGAAGGGUUUGUUUGUAAAUAAUAACCAAGGAAAGAAACUGAAUGGGCUGUGAUAUAAAAUACAUUUAACAUUGAGUACUAACUGUUCUUGUUUAUUUACAACAUUUGUUUGGCCAUGUUUGGUUUCAUUGUGACGUGAACAAAUUCUCGGUUAAGGUGCAAACACAAGACAAAAAUGAAUGUGGCUUUUGUGAUCAGUGAUAUACGUUUUAAUGUUUUUGCAACUAACAGUGAAGCAGUAACAGGACAACAGUGAAACAUCCACUCAUCACUUUUGGUGUCGGUCAUCUGAACUUGGAGAGAUAAACAGGGCUGUUGGAGAGAUCACAGCUUUAAUAAACAUCUUGAACUUUGUCCAUCUUUCCCAGAAAGCCCACGCCCUCUGACCCUCCAACCCCCCCGUCUCUGAAAAUAUGGUAUUCCCUUUCAGAUAUCAGUAGAUCACAAUGAAGACCAGUAGGUAUUAGCAAGUCAAACCAUGGCUCUUACAUUCCACCAGACUGCUUGUUUCUCAGCUUUAGUGAUAAAGGAAAAACAGCCUUAAACACUUCAACACAAAAAAAAAAAUCACAUUUCUGGAUCCAUUCUUUUUCUAUUGGCCAAACAGAGAAUGUGACGUUAUGUUAAUAUAUUGACAGUUAAGCUGGUGUGUGGACAGGAAAAUGCUUUGUGUUAAAAUCAGUGAAAAUGAGCCUUUUCUCAAACUUUCACACUUAACACAAAGAAAAAUCAAAUAGCCCUAAUAGACCAGAAUGCAAUGCAACAGGUUGACAUGUGACCUUUGAUUUGAAGUAGUCAGAGUAAUUGGAGGAGAGAACAAAAUAAACCCUGGGAUGGAUUAACCACGAUAUCUGUCAGUGUUGGAGUAUCUGAGGGUAGAGGUUUCCGUUAUGUUUUUGUGAUUAUUUACUUUGAUGGACAAGAAGAGAGGUAUUGACCAUUAGUCACAAGCCAAACUCUAUUGCAAUGCGUCGUUUUCUGUAAAUUGUCCAAAUCUAUUUUGUUAUCCAAGUAUAAAACUUUUUGGAAGUGCAGACUGCAAAUAACAUUCACUUCCACCUCUGCCCUGGAAACAUUUUUGCCAUCUCCCAGAGGGAGAGUGCGUUUGUUGAAGCCAAAGCACCGAGAGUGUAGCUGAGCGUCCUUUUAAGGGGGCUAAGGCUGGACCUCUUCAGCUAGAGCCACUCACAUCACUGCUAGAGAGCGAGACAUCUGAGAGCACUGAAGCAACAGCAAGGCAAAGCUUGUUUUCUUCAUUCACUUAAAAAAAGGAAACGGGGUUACUUAACCAAGGCGCCACAUUUUCAAUAAUGUUGCAGAUAUUAAUGCCUAAAUUCAUUUUUUCAAUCUGGACAAUAUUUUCCAUCAGUGAGAAAAUCUCAUGUUUUUUUCUCUACAGAGCAAUGUCAUGCUUGUCUCAAUUCCUCUAUGACCACACAACGAUGACUUUUCAUUCUGCACUACUUAAAGGGUCCAUUCACCCAAAUGAUCAGAAAAUGUAUUUCUCACUUACCUGUAACGUAAUUUUACAUCCAAAUAGUUUUGUUGGAUUUACCUAGGUUUAGAGAUAACCUUCUCUGACAUAUCUGCCUCAACCCAAAUACAACAAACGUGAAUGCGAUUUCAUUUGUAGUAUUGAAAAUCUAAAUGGCCACAACAACAUUUCCUUCAAAGUGACCCUGCUACUCCGGUUUUCCUAGGGACCAUUUUUUCAGUUCUAAUGGGAUUUGGAAUGAUUCAAAACUAUCUGCAAGGACAGAUACAACAGCAGUGAUGCCCAAACUGUGGUUCUGAACCACACUCUGGGUUGCACAAUGAUUACCAAUGUAGGAAGAACACAAAUCUAUGCUAUACAAAAUGUUUAACCUUUUGAAAUGCUGUAUGGUUUUACCUCUAAAGGCCUAACUUGGUAACUUGUAAACUUUUGGUAACCGGAUCUGAUUGUUUCAAAGUGCUACAUGAAGACAAGCACCUGUCUGUGAAGCAUCAGACUGCUAGCAAAGAUUCAUUUUUCAUAGACAUGAGUUGUAACAAACUGGGCACCCGGGCAAGAUUAAAGGAAAAUAAAAGCAUGCUAUUGGUUGUGUUCAGGGUUAUUUCUCCCAUCGCUUCUUUAUGAUUAAAGACCUGCACCCUUGCAAGAAGGAGCUAAGCUCUAUGAUGAAACAGUUGAUGGGAUUUUGGACAACGUCAGUGUGGUCAGGCUAAUGGAUAAACAUGGUGCAGUAAAAUAAUAUCUGGGACUUUGUAUUAAUCGGAUAUUUGACAGGAGAGAGGAGAGGAGAGGAAAGGCCAGAUGCACAGGUCAGCAUGGUGGCAACACAUUCAUACACACAAAUAUACAAUAUUGGUCCCCAUUGAAGUGCCCUAAGGGUAGAAUAGUAUAUUUAGCACUUAAGAGUACGGGUCUGUCUUCAGACAGAUAACUGCAAGCUGGUGUAAGGCUGGUAAUCAUCAGUGGAGCACUUGGGCACCCAGAGUUCUAUCUGUGUAUACUGACACACACACACACACACACACACACACACACACACACACACAC